AUUUUGCUCAGUCGUUGUUUCUUUUUGCAUUCCGUUGAAGCUCUUUUUCAUCUUGUUCGUUGGCUUCGUUCCGUCUUUGCUCUGUUAACUCCCAAGCACAAUGAAAACCAUCACUGUCUUGUUCGUGGGGGCGUUCAUUUUCGCCCUGGCCUCCGCCACCCCGGUUUGCCCGCCGGAGCGCACCUCCCCUUACUUUUUCGGUGCCAGCGGAUUUAUCGCCAAACAAGGCGCAUUGGCUGUAGAGCCGAAUGGCGACACUUCACUGCGCUCGAUCGAAUUCAAGCUGCGCCUUCGCGACACUCCAGCUGUACUGACUGAACAAAUCCUUGCUUAUGGUCACCACACGUACUACUUUGACGAGUUUGCCAUUUUCCUGCAAUGGGAUGGCGCCAAUCUGGCACUCGGCGGCUGGUUCAACGCGGGCUACGUUGGUAUUGUCACGUUCGCAGGGACCGGGAAUCCGUUGCUGGAUCAUGCCUUGCACACCUUCAAGGCGACAUUUGAUGUUGCUGGCGUCGUGACCUUGUUCUUGGACGAUGUGAUUAUUCAAUCCGGAUCGAUCCUUUCGCCCCCUUCUACUCUCUCGACCAUCAACAUCAACGGCCCGCUGCUCAUCGGCGGCACAGCGACCUACAACGCCUUCGAUGGCUGCAUUUCUGACGUGCGUGUGAAUGGCGUCGACCAGGUGCUCAACACUGGCUACAUUACUCCGGUUGCGCUGGAAGGCUGCGUCUUCCCCGAAGUGCGUGGAUUCGACGGCGCUGGCUACGUCAAGUACUACCCGCAGACUGGCGCGGAGCACGACGCUGGCGUGACUGACAUUCGUAUCGAGUUCCACCCCAAUCCCGCUUACGCUGACGGUCUCAUUCUGUAUGAAUCGGGCCUGCAGUACGCAUUUGCCCUCGAACUGGUCGGUGGUCACUUGCGGCUGUUCAUCAAGGGCGGCGGCGCCUCAAACCUCGUGCUCGUGUCGGCUAAUAUUUUCCAGACAGAUCGCUGGUUUACAGUUGAAAUCACUCGUGAUGGCCAGCAAGUGCGGAUGCGCAUCAGCAACCCGAGUCUCGGUUUCCUUGAGGAUUUGGUUGGUACCGUGCAGACCGGCCCUCUCACGUACACGGUGGACUCGCGCUUGUAUGUCGGUGGACACUCGGACCCACUCGGUGGGCUUGUUGGCGUGACUGCUGCCAAUUCCUUCCGAGGUUGCCUGCGCAACCUGAUCGCCAAUGGUGGCCCGCUCGACUUUAGCGAUAGCAUUGAGGAAGUUGGCGUCAAUACCUCUCCGACCUGCUCGUUCCCUAUUUAGAACAUGAAUGAAGCAUCGAGCACUGCGAGUUUUGUGCUGUAAUCGAAGGCACUUUUUGGUGUGAAGAAACAGUGUUGUUAAUAAAAUCAUGGUACAAGUCUGUUCGCCCUCUGAUUGAAUCAAGUCUGCAUGUUGCUGCUGUUGUACUUAAUGGUAAACAGUAAUGAGAAGUUUG